GCUUUUCCUUCGGUACAGAGAUAGAUUUUUCUCCGUUGAAGGCGGAGGCAAUAUUUAUUUUAUUGCGAAAACGGCUGUUAACGGAGGGCGGGGCAUAGAACUACACUUCCCAGCAUGCAGGCGGACGUUGCUGAAGGGUCUGAAGGCCUUCUUUGCCGCAAUGUAUCCUGGAACCUGUAGUCUUCGUGUCGUUCACUUGUACGGAGAAUUGUGAGCGAGGCAGAGAAGAGAUGGGUUGCUGUGAGUUUUCUGGGCUGUAUGGCCGUAUUCCAGAAGCAUUUUCUUUCCAGACAGGAAACAAUCAGGGCCAGCUAACACCUCCCCACAAAGGAUUCCCCCGGCAGUAAGCAGCCAGACCUUGAAGCUGAAAGGCAAUUCAAUGAUAAUCAAGGUGGCCAAUUGAAACAGUCACACCUACCUCAAACAGACAAUAAUUCUUUCUCCCACCCUGAACAUUUCUCAGAUAUAUAAACCCUACUUGACAUGUUUCUAACAGACCAAUACAUCAGGAAAGAAUGCUUCUGAAACAUGGCCAUACAGCCUGGAAAAUUCAUAGCAACCCAGUGAUUCCAGCCAUGAAAACCUUAGAUAACAUAGAGAAAGUUAAUUAUCAGUCUGACAUCGCCUUAUUCAUUUUCUUUUUUAAAUGGCCUCAGUUGUUUUUCUCUCAAGUGGAGCUCGCUGAAUCAGGCUGCCAGAGGGGAAACUAGAGAGAGGUCCACUGUAAUUGUAAUGGUUGUGUAGAAGAGUGGUGCUCUCUCAGCCUCAGAAUACCCCAUGAUAACUUCACUUUUGGGUCGCCAUGAGCUGGAAACAACAUGACAGAAAUGAAAAAAAUAUAUGAAAAGGUGUUGGUUGCCACUUUGCUGAAAUCCCAACUCCUCAUUAUCCACUAUAGUACCUAGAACUGUCUACAGCACAGGUGUUAAACUCAAGGCCUGCAGGCCAAGUUUGGCCUGCUAUGUCAUUUUAAGUGGCCCUCCAGAUACUGGACUACAACUCCUGUAUUCCUCAUCAUUAAACAUCAUGACUAGAUAUGAUGGGAGUUAUGAUAUAGUAACAUUGGGAAAGCUGCCAUUUGUUCUGUUUAGUCAGGGUCAUCCUAGACUUCGCUUUAAACCUGGAAGACCAGGUGACAGUGGUGACUAGGUCGGCCUUCACACAAUUAAAGCUUGUGUGCCAACUACGCCCAUUCCUGGAGACAUCGGACCUGACCUCAGUAGUGUAUGUGUUGGUUACAUCCAGAUUGGACUAUUGCAACGAGCUCUACGUAGGUCUGCCCUUGAAAAGCGUCUGGAAAUUACAAUUUGUCCAAAGAGCAGCAGCCAGACUUCUGACGGAAUGGAGGAGGAUUAUGAUGAUCCAGCACUUGAAGAAGAAAUAGAACUUGAGUUAAGCAAAAUCAGCUACUCUUCUGAUGUCGAUGAUCCUGACACUGAUGUGUCACUGGAAGAGUCACCUGAUAGUGAACCAAUUUCAGAUGAAUUGCCAGAAUCAGUCCUCCAUUAUUUAAAUUUUGUGCGGAGCAGAAGUCAAAAUGCUGAAAGAGUCAUCUUGCAAGAUUUGGAAAGUGAAGAAAUGUCAAGUGACAUCUACACAGUUAUUCCUACAAAUGCUUCAGAAUGCUUGGCAGAGAUGGCGGCUGAAUAUAAUGAAGAUCCAGAAGAAUUAAAGAAAAGAAUUUUAUCUCAAAUAGAUGAUGAAGAGCAACAGAUUAAAGAAACUUCUGAAAAUACAAUUGAGCCCAACGACAAUAAAGAUGUUCCUUCCAAUGAAGUGGCUGAUGGAUGUUUUUUUCCAGAUGAUGAUGAAACUGUUGUUAGCUUUACUUUUCGAGAUGUUGAAGAAAGAUGCAAGCAAGAAUAUGAGGAUUGGGUUGAAAAGCAAAAAGUACUUGAAGAUGAACAAACAAAGCAGUUGAAAGCUAAGAGAGAAAUGAAAGAAGCAAAAAAUGAGGAGGAGGAGGCAAGAAGACAACAGCGUCUGGAAGAGCUAGAGGCUGAACGAAUGAAAUUGGAAGUGUUUCAUGCGCAACAGCAGGCUAUGAUGGAAGAGGAACUGCUGAAAGAAGAGGAGGCUUGGAAAGAACAGCUAAGACAGCACAAGGAGCUGAUUAACAACUUACACAUACAAAUAGAAGAAGAAAAAAGGGCUUUUGAAGAACAGCAAGCAAUGGAAAGACAAGUAUGGGCAGAACUGCAAAAUAUGGCAGCUGUAAAAAUCCAAUCUGCAUUCAGAGCAUUUAUAGUAUACAAAAAAUAUGCUCCUGUCUUGAAAGAACGGAGAGCUGAAUUGAAGAGGAAAAGAGAAUUGCGAGAAGCUGUGGAAAAGGAGUUGAAAGAAAAGCAAGAGAGAUGGGAUAGGAGGGUUCUAGAAAAGAAAGAACAAGAAGAGAGAGAAAGAAAGAGACGAGAAGAAAAAGAAAGAGAGGAACACAUAGAAAAGAUGAAGCGGCUUGAACUAUAUGAAAAGAAAAAAGAAAUUAUGAAACUUCAGCGAGAACAACUGCUGUUAGAACAACUGGAAAGAAAAGAAAAAGAUAACCUAGAAAUUGUGUCUAAAAAUAUGGAUACGGAGUUCAAGAAGGAAGAAGAGACAAAAAAUUCACAACAAGAAGAAAGUGUAACUGAAACAGGGGAAAUGGAGCUUGACUAUAAUAAUAAAGAUGUAGAAAUAAUGAAGGAAGAAAAGAUAGAAGGAAAAGAAGAAGAAGAAACCAAAAUACAAAGAGGAAUUGCUUCUCAAAAUACAGAUAAUGCUUUAGGGAAAGAAAAUAGUGAAGAAGAAAUAAAUGGAAUAGAACAAGAGAAAGAUAAGAAAGAAGAACUAAUUUUUGAAAGAAAACAGGAAAUAAGUUCUGAAGAAGAGAAAGAAGAUGAAAAACAUGGAAUAAUGCAUGAAAAAUUACAAUAUGCUGAUGUAAGAAGUGAAGAAGAAACAUUAAAGCCCAGAAGGAAAGAAGAUUUUGAAACAAAUAAUGAGAAAUUAUUAGAAAAUGAUAUAAAAGACCACUGCUCAACAACUGUUGAAUUUCAGAAAAAUAGUGAAGCAAGCAUUCUCAGUUUUGCAGUAAUUAAUCAAGAAAGCAGUAUACAUAGCAAUUUUGUGGAUGUUCGGCUAGAUUCUGGAGACAAUGGACAAAUAGAUAGAUCAUAUGCCUCUGAAAAUCUUAAGAAACAGCAAGUUGCAAAAGAAAUUCAUGGGAAAGUCACUGAUCAAUGGACUAAAGCUGAGAAUUCAGGCGAUUAUUUCGAGCAGCCACUUACGCUUUCUGAUUCUGUUGAAGAGAAGAGACUAGCAUGGAUGAAAACAUGUAAGUCUUGGUCUAGAAUUUAUAGAGAACAUCAGAACAAGAAGUUGGUUGAAAGAAGUAAACCAUGGAAAUGUUCUGCUGGCCUGUUGCCUCCGCUGAGUGCUGCCUUGAUAAUCCAGGCUGGCCCUUGGAAUGCUCUGCAACAGGUCACCACAGUUACCUUUCAAGACUUGCCUGGCUGCAGCCUCUCCACAUUGUCACAGUGUUUAAAGCUUCAGUUCUUGAGUCUUCGGCGUUGUGGAUUGCUUGCUUUGGAAGGACUCGGCAAUUGCAAAGAUCUAAAGUAUAUAGAUGUAGAGGAAAAUAAUAUUCAGGUGAUUAAUUGUGAGAAUCUAGAAAAUCUGUGCAUUCUAAUUCUGAAUAAAAAUAAUAUAUCAUCACUUCAUGGUUUACAUGGCUGCAGUAAUCUCUUGAAUCUUGAACUUUCUUACAAUAAAAUAACUCGAAUUGGGGGAUUGGAGUCAUUAAAAAAUCUACAGCGACUAGUUGUAAAUCAUAAUCAACUGAUCAGCACCAAAGGACUUUCUGAAACACCUACUCUAGUAUAUAUAGAUUGUUCCUUUAAUCAUCUUACACAUGUUGAAGGUAUUGAAAAUUGUGGCGUUCUUCAGAUUCUGAAGUUACAGGGGAACAAUCUCAGUGAGCUUCCUAGCCUGGAAAAUCAUGUUUUGCUAAGAGAAUUGGACUUGGAAGACAAUAGCAUUUCAUCACUGGAAAAGAUUUCAUUGUAUUGGUUGCCUUUGCUACGGACUCUGUGUCUCUCACAAAAUAGUUUGACUGAAGUUGCUCCCCUUUUUUCUUGCGUGUCUUUGGAAAAACUAGAUAUCAGCAACAAUUGCUUGUUAGAUCUUAAGAGCAUUGUUUGUUGCCUUAAUGGUUGUGAUAGCUUAAGAGAAUUAAUCAUACUUGGAAAUCCACUUCUUCAGGAAGAAAACUGGAGGUGCUCCUUACGCAAACUUUUGCCUCAUUUGAAAAUACUUAAUGGUGAAAACUUAAGUUCUGAUGCAGAAAUCCCAGAUGAAAGAACUAUACAAAGACCUGAACCAGGAAGCUUUGCAACUUUUUGUCAGUCUCAAAUUCAAAAAAUUGAGUUAGUGAGCAAAAAGGCCACAGCUAGGUCAGUAGAUGGAUUCUCUGCAGAUGCUGCACAGCUCCAGUGUUGGUAUUUUGAGAAGCUAAUGAAACUUAGUAGUGAACACCGAUAUGCACAUGAGUAUGGCAUUCUACACACAACUAAAAGAGAAGAAACAGAAGAACAGACAGGUCACUUGAACCGAGAAGCCAUUGACAUCAUAGAAAAAAAUAACGUUAUCACUGGUGUAAAAGAAAAUAAGCAGGUAUCAUUGGAUACUCCUGAAAGAUGGAUUACUUCUGAGCACACUCCAGCUGCAGCUAUUAACUCUUUCAAAACUCUGCCUGAGAUAAGAAAGAGUAAAAAAAACCAGCAAAAGAAGAAAAGCGUUCAAUAUUUCCCUAACCACAGUGAGAAAAGUGAAGAUAGGAGUGCAUUAAUCAGUCCUAAUAGAAACAAAUUCAGCAAGCAAAUCACAGCACGUAAUGGAGGAAGUCAUCUUCAGCAUUCUGGCAGUUCACAAAACUUGGCAGCGAUAGCUAUUCAGUCAUACUGGCGAGGCUAUAGAGUUCGGAAAGAAAUCAGUUUCUGUACAAGGCUACAUUUCUCAGCAACUAUUAUCCAGUCUCUUUGGAGGAGCUAUUGUGUCAGAAAAAAGAUUUUGGCCGACAACCAGGAACACCUCUAUUUGAUGGACAAACAUAAAGCUGCCACAAUACUUCAGGCACUCUGGAGAGGUUUUCAUUUGCGAAAGAAACUGGCCAAUGCUCUGGCAGCAGUUAAAAGGGAUGAAACCGAAGAUGAGUAUAAAGAAGUAAAUAUGGAUGAGUUCAUCUUUGAUGAAGCUGUCAUAGAGAAAGAAUGGCCAGCCUUGGAAUCCACCCACUUCCUUUCGCAAACACCACUAUCCUCAGACCAGCUGCCCUUGCCAAAGUAUAAUGAAACUGCAAGAUGUGAAGACAAGUCACAUCAUUUAACGUGGCCUUCACAUAAAAACUGGCAGGUUAGGGAAAGACCAAAAUCGUUCCUGUCGGAAAACAGCCAGAUUAGUAACAGGUCAGAGCAGAGAACACUACCCUCUCAAAAAACAUCACUAAGAGCAGAAAAAGAAGAAAAAAUUUCAGAAGAAUGGGGUUUUAAAGAGGUUUCUACUGCACAGUUGAUGCUGAGGAGAGCUCAUAAAAUGAAAGCGAAGAAAUAUAAUUCCAAAAAAAUUGACCCAGCUGUGCGCCUGGCGUUGUUCAAAAACAAUGAAAAUAAACAUCCCCCUGUGAAACCACCAAAGAAGGCACAGACUGCAAAAACUGGUUACUUUGAAGAUAAAGAAGAAUUUUCUCACACUGAUAUGUCAUCAGAGAAAAUGGAUAAAAACAGAGAACGUACAUCUCAGUGGCUUCACACACAAGUUUGGGAUUUUGAAGGAGCUAGUCCUAAAAAUGAAACAUGCAAGCACUUCCUACCUGAAAUAGACCCGGAAAUUCUCAAAGGAGGGAGAGUUCAGCUUGUGACAAGCCCUGUAAGGAGAGAAGACACGGAUUUAGAGCUUGUUUCCGUGACCAGCACAACUACUUUUACUCAGAACAGAGAAAAAAAUAACCAGCCACACAGACACUCCACAGGAUCUUCAAAAAAGGAAGUACCUGCACCUGAGAGAUCGCUUUUGGGCCCCUCGCAUAAGGAGCGGAUAUCUUUUCGAGACCAUCAAGUUCAGUUCAGCGGUGGAUGGGGAAGUGGCAAAAAGAAAGCAAAACCUUUGAAAUAGUAGUUGGACCUUCUGCAUUUAAAACACAUGGAGAACUGUUUCUUUUCAGGAGGCCUGUGAGUUGCCAUCAUAUUUGGAUAUCACAGAUGCAGUGUUCCUGAGCACCAUCUAUAUUGCAUUUUGAUCUGCCUGUUUUAAUUCUACCUUAUCAUUUCUUGACAAAAAGUUUUUAUAAAUGUCAGAAUGAUCACAUUAUUUGUACCUGCAAUUUAUUUAAGCAAUAUGGUCUAAAAUUCAAAAAUAUGUCUGUGAUUCUUGAAGGGUGACUAACAUGACCAGGAGAUCAAAUCUGGAUAUAUACAUUAACAGUGGUUUAUGGUUUCAUAUUGGUUUUUGGUUGAAAUGGCCUGAUCCACAGUUAAACUGAAAUGCCUGCAGUAAACUCGCUGUUCAGUUCACAUUUCAAUCACAAGAAGGAAAAGAUUCAAAAUUAAACUGUCCUAGAUAUUUUCAUUAGCUACUUUGUAUACUCAAAUUUAUAUCUGUUAAAAAGUAAAAUGUGGAAUGUACCUCUUUCUCCAAAUAUAUUGAUGAUGUAAAUAUGUUUUGUGUAAAAAAAAAAUGCUGCAAAAUCUGCUGAAUCACUUGCAUUUCUGGAUAAACUGAAUGAAUGCAAAUUCAGUAAUGUGAUGGUAAGAUGUGUUUUGUAAUGGCUAAAUUAUGUUUAUCAUUCUUUAGUACUCUUGACAGUUUUCUUACAGUAGGUUCCCCCCUUUUCUCCAGAAUUAAAGUACAAAUGUUAAAUACCAUGGA